AUGGCCACACCACCGCAUUACAUCCUCGUCACGGGGGCCACAGGCUUCAUUGGCGCCCAUGUCGUCGAUGUCCUCUUGUCCAGAGGGCUUCGCGUCAGGGGUGCCACGCGAUCUUUGGCCAAGGGCCAUCUCAUGAUGCAGUCCCGACCGCAGUACGCGUCGAAGCUUGACUUUGUGCAGGUGCCAGACUUUGCCGAAGGCGGUGACUUCUCCGAAGCCGUCAAAGACGUCGAUGCCGUGGUCCACGUCGCCAGCCCCUUCAGCUACGACACCAAGGACAACGAAAAGGAGCUCAUCCUGCCCGCUAUAGUCGGCGUCAAGGCUAUCCUCGCCGCCGCCGCCUCGAACCCGAACAUCACCCGCCUCGUCCUCACGUCCUCCUUCGCCUCCGUCAUGGACGCCAACCGCUCGGCGCCCCCCUACUUCACCUACACCGGCAACGACUGGAACCCGCUCACCUACGCCGAAGCCGCCGCCCCCUCGGCCCCCGCCUUCCUCGCCUACCGCGGCUCCAAGCUCUUCGCCGAGCGCGCCGCCUGGGACUUUGUCGCGGCGCGCAACCCCGCCUUUUCCCUCGUGACGCUGUGCCCGCCCAUGACGUUCGGGCCCGUCGUGCACCCCGUCGCCAGCGUCGACAAGCUCAACGAGUCGAACGCCGUGCUGUGGAGGAUUGCCGGCGGCGAGUCGCCGCUUCCCGUCGCGAGGGUGCCGUUCUGGAUCGACGUGCGGGACCUGGCGCUUGCGCACGUCGAGGCGCUGCUGAGGCCUGGGGUCGGCGGCCAGAGGUUUGUGCCUGCGGCGUCGGAGCGGUUUUCCUACGGCAGGGCGGCCUCGAUCAUGGUCGACGAAUUCGACUGGGCCAAGAGUAAGGUGCAGGUCGAGGCGCAGGCUAUUGACGAGUCACAUGGUCUCGAUGGGCAGACGGCUGCUGAGGUGUUGGGGCUGGAGUAUCGCAGCUUCAAGCAGACGGUUGUCGAUCUGGUCAGGCAGGCCUAUGAGAUGGAUGCAAAGGCAGAACUAUCGAAGGCAGGCAUCAGAGCGUCCAACAAGACGAACAUGCUCCUCACACAGGGAUAUACGAAUGCACAUGUCUCAACAGAAUCAGCUGGCGCCGCUCGGAAUGGAACCUCUAUACCUCCGAAGGCUGACCCCGACUUAAUGUCAAGGAACCAAUCUUUGUCAAUCUGGAAACCCCGAUCAUUUCCUAUGGCUGACCUGUUCGGGCGCUUCUGUUACGAGACGCUGGACGACGAGGGCGACGGCGACGGCGACGAUGUCUACCAGUCGACGCGUCGCAGACGCUACGCUAUCCACGUUCAGCUGCCCAGAUGGCUGUUCGGUAGAGCAUGGGAUUACCAGGUGGUAAAAUCAGCCGCUGGCUGGCGGACUAAUCUGCAGGUAUGGAACAUACGGCCGGUAUCGAGUGUGUUCCAGUACGCCUUGGAAGGCGAACUCGAACUUCUGCGAGAAAUGUUCAACAAGGGCAUUGCUUUACCGUUUGAUCGCACGCAAGACGGCUUCAAUCUUUUACAUGUCCGUUACAACAUAACCAAUGAAUUAAGAUAA